UUGUGGAUCGACAAAAUCAGUGAGAGAGAGAGAGAAAGAAAGAGAUAGAGACAGCUUAGUCCGGUGAAUCACAACGAAUUAGCGAUUAGACAAUUUGGAUCGAUCAAUCGAUCGAUCGAUUGAUUGAUCAAUUGAUCCACAUUUAUUCAAUUAGACACCUGUCUAUCUCUCAACCUUAAAUUAAAUCGAUAUCGGUGAAUUUAUCCAAUUGCUCAAAUUAUUUAUCAUUAUUAUUAGUGUGGAAGUAGUUUGAUUUUGUUUGUUUUUAUUUGGUGCCAAACACACAGAGUGACUAUCAUCAUCAUUAUCAUCAUCAUCAUGCCAUCCAGUUUUCCUAAGCACCAUUGUCUGCAUCGUUUUAUUACAUUUUUGUCUGCCUUUCUUGUUGCAGGAUCAUUUAUGUUAUUGUUAAACAAACAAAAAGAAUGUAAUUUUGUGCCAAUUGCUGACGAGCUUUGGUCAUCGAUGGUAUCAAAUCAAAGUCUACAAGUCGAUUAUAUCGAACAAUAUUAUGAUGAUGUUCAAAUCUAUCAUAUUUCAUUAGUAUCGAUAGAUGUUAUUAUUUUUUUGGUCGCAUUCAUCAAUAUUGCUCCAUCGCAAGAGGAUCUUCGUUUUGGCUUCCAUUUGCUGCUCAUCAUUACAUUAAGUGGCUUGACCAUAUUGGCCUGCUACAGCUCGUAUGUUGUUUUCUACAAGCCUUGCCAUUUGGAACCACCGCCUGGUAUCGUACGUACCGAAGACAAACAAGUAUAUUUGCAAAGUAGCAAAACAAAUGCCGGAAAAAAUGCACCAAUCAAUGCUUAUGUUGAAAAUGAUUUGCAUAUCUUGGCCGUUGCUGGUCUCGAUGCUCUUGCCUGUUUAAUGUUUCUUAUUUCGACUAUGGUUCUUUGUGGGGAUGCACGUGAAGAAGCGAUUCAAGAUGAAUAUGUGGCUCGAGUAAGAGCCAGCAUAUACUAAAAGAAAAACACUUUAUUACACACACACACACAUCUUUCUCGUAACAAACACAAUUUCAAACAAAUACAAUGAUUGCGAUCGUUGCGGAACGAACGCAUUCAGCAUCCAACACACACACACACACACAAUCACUCAAUAAACAAGUCUAUCAUUAACACACACGAUUAAGAUUUAGAUCGGUGUAAAAAUCACACAAACACUUAAACAAAACAAUUAUAUAUUUGGUUGGCAAAUGCGCCCUUGUUGUUAUAAUAGUUUGGUUGUUGUUGUUGAUGAUGCCUGAAGCGGUGUGAUGAUUAAAUUCAUUAAUUUCAAAUGUUA